AUGGCUACCGCCGGUGGAAAGCCCGUCGCUACGACCAACGAGGUCAUCGAGAGUGCUGUCAUCAAGGCGCCUCUUUCCCAUGUCUGGCAUUUCAUCAAGCUGCCCGAGUUCCACAGAUUCUGGACCGCCAUUGAGAAAGCCGAGCAUGUCAAGGGCACCAGCAACGAGACAGAUGUAGUGAAGUGGACCUUCAAGGACGGCAGCGUUGUCGAGGUCAAGCAGGAUGAACACAGCAACCUCGACCACUUCAUCACGUACAGCGUCAUCAACACCGAGCCCGAGCUGACAUACUCGAGCGUUACUAGCACCAUCCGGUGUUGGGCCGUUACGUCGGGGGAGUUUGAGGAUUGCACCUUUGUUCGCUGGACUUCGAAGUUCUCAAGUGAUGCCGACCUGGGCGUUCUCGAGGAUGCCAAGUACAAACGCCGCGAUGCGUUGAAAGACCUCGCGGUGGCUGCGGGCAGGAUGGUUCAGGAGCAUCAUCAGAAGUAG